UAAAAGUUGUAAGCGCAUUAUUUUGUUUUACUUGUCUAACAUGGUGUUAAUACGAUCAGUAAUUUUUCUUUCUGUCAGUCUUCCUGUGAUAUACUCGCAGUAUAUUCAGUUCUCUGAAGACAACGACAGGAAAAGGUGUAAAAACGAAAACGAUGAUCUCCGAUUACUCGUGCAUAAACAGAACAAGAUUUUUGAAUCCGAAGUACAAAUUCUCAAGAAGGAAGUGGAAGGUCUCAGGAGGGAAAGCCAGGAGCUCAGAGAUUUAAUGAAUAAAACCUUGUAUCAACGAAAGUCCGCAUCAUGUACUGAAGAGGGUCUUACUUUUAUUGGCUUUACCUUAACAAUGGCUUCACAGGUGCUUGCACACAAAGGAAGUGUAUUAAAAUCGGGAGAAAUUAUUACAAAUUACAAUGCAGACUUUAAUGACCUUGGGGAAUUUCUCUGCUGUCUAAAUGGUACAUAUGUAUUUUUCCUUCAUUUAGUAACUAAAUCAACAAACGCUAAUGGGGCUUGGAUUUACAAAAACGAUAGACCAAUGACAUUAGUUUGGCAAGGUGGUCCAACAGGUACCCCUGGGGAUGCGUCAGGAACAACAUCACUUGUAAUUGAUUUAGAAGUUGGUGAUACUCUGUCUAUCAGAUCUUACAAAGACAAUUUGUCUGUCCGAAGCACGUCUGUGUGGUCCGGUCACCUUUUAUCAAAAUUACCAAAUGAGAAUCCUGUAUUAGUGGCUACUUUGAAGAACCCAGUUGCAGGUAACGAUGUAACCAUCCCAGGAAAAGAAAUUUUAGUCAACCUAGGACAUGCUAAUUACUCGCUGACAAAAGAUGAUUUUUUAUGUACCAAAGUAGGGCUUUAUAAAGUUGACAUAAACUCUAUCAUGAAUUCUUCCAAUAACAAUGGCGUAGAAUUAUAUUACAAUGGAAAGAGUCUUCACAGUGGCCUCUAUAGACCGGUUGCGUGGCAUUCACAGGCUGAUUACAGCUCCUCCUCUACAACAGCUGUUUUGAAUUUAUCCCCAGCAGACAGGCUUUCCCUGAAAAUAAAGCAACAAAGUGAAAGAACUUUGAGCACACUGUCGGUCUUUGCAGUGUAUUUUUUGAAAAACAGACCUGGAGACACCGAUUUUUCUUGCAAAAAAUUGGUAACCAUAGGGACUUUCCUAGCUUGUCCAAAGUCAUUCAACAUUUUUAAUUUGACUGGAUUCUUAAAUAUCAAAACGAAAGGAUUCUACUAUUUCAGCAUACACUUGACUUCAGGAACAUCUGAAAAUGGAGUACAAAUCUUUACAAACAAUAAACGGCUGACAACGGCUUGGCUAGGAGCUGAUUGGGGCACAUGGCAGACAGCUUCUACUUCGGUUGUAGUAAAGUUAGAUAUCGGGGAUUAUGUCACAUUCAGAAAAAUAACAAGUGGUCUGAAGGUGGACCAUGCGUCUAUCAUUGCCGGCUACAAAAUUGACACAGAAAAGUCAACAUAAUAGAUAUCUCAUGAUAUAUACAAUGUACAUGUAAAGCUUAUGUAUUAUAUUUAAAAGAGAAUUGUCUCAUUACAAUUUUUUUUUCCGAAAGAUACAUUGUUGCGUUAAAUAAUUGACAAAAUGUAUUCUCGUUCGGACCCUGAAAUGUUAUGUCAACAGUGAAAUUAUUGAAUAGGUAAAUGUUCUAGCUUGUAUACAUGCAUUCCGGACAAACGAUGUAAAGUUGUGUUGAUUUAUAAAAUAAAAAAGAAACUGGAUGCUGUCAUAAGACAGCAAUGCCCGCA